UUUCGAGCGCGACCGACCGCCAAGCUCCCAUAAUUAUAUACCGCAGCUUUUAAUUUAGCGCGAGUGACGAUGAGGUGUUGCUGCUGCUGCCGCAAGUGCACUCGGCUCGCGCAAUCCUACUUUUAAAAACCAUCGCGCAGAGUCGCAUUUUUAUAGCUUAGUUGUGAACCAUAUAGCGUGGUACACGUUUGACGCAACACAGACGUUUUUAUAAUUAUGGAUAAAAGUGCGAGGAAGGGCCAGUCGAAGCGGGAGGGCCUGAACUACAGCAACUCGGAGAGCACACCCCUGCUGCUGUCGUCCAGCGGCUCGUCGGGCAGCCAGGCCAAUGUCCAGUUGGACGAAACUGAUCGGAAUCAUCGGAUUCUCCGGCAUUCGGAAACGAGCGAUUUUGACUCGAGCUCGGUCACCAGCUCCAUCAACGCCUCGGGCAAAUCGUCCAAGCCGACCACUCGCUACGAGGCGUUGAAUCGGCCCAAAACAGUCGGUACCUACGGGAGCAACAAAUUUCCCGGCCUGCUGACGAAGGACGGCCGGGUGGCGCCCCUGAAGCUGCCGCCUCAUGCCCUGCACGCCGAUUUGGGCCGCGAGGCCAAGUACUAUUACGACAUCGAGAGCGACGAUCCUGCCACGGACGAUCAGGGCGACUACGGAAAAAAUGAAAAUUUCGUCGGUGGCUUCUUCAUGCAGUCGUUGCAGAGCCAGGAGCACGAGGACGGCGACGGCGACGAUCUGGACGACCUCAAGCCCAAGCAGAGCUCUCUAGUCACCAUUUUUUCCGUCUGGAACACGAUACUCGGCUCGUCGAUGCUGACGAUGCCCUGGGGCAUCUACAUGGCCGGCUUCGUGCCCGCCAUCAUCCUCAUCCUCACCAUGAGCGCCCUGUGCCUCUUCACGGCCUACAAGCUGCUUCAGGUCCACAAGUAUCACGGAGGUGGGACGAAAACCGGAGUGAUGGAGCUCAGCAAAGCGCUGCUCGGUGGAUGGGCAGCGACUACCGCCAAGAUCUUCAGCGUGACCGUAUUGCUCGGAGCCAACAUCGCUUAUUGGAUCCUUAUGUCAAAUUUUCUGUAUAAUUCCGUCAAUUUCCUCUACGACACGAUUCUCAACUUGCCGCUCAUGAACGCCGUGACGUUCAACAAUUCCGAGUUCAAUCUGCUCUGCCCAAAGGACGAUAUGCUCAACGGCACGGACAUGUACGAGAACUCGUUUGACAACUUGGGACCGGUCUGGGAUUUGUACAAGACAGUCCCGAUAUUUUUGGCUCUCCUGGUCUUUCCCUUUUUAAAUUUCAACACGACGACUUUUUUCACGAAAUUCAACUCGCUAGGUACCGUGGCCAUCGUUUACUUGAUCGUUUUCGUCGCUGUGAAAUCGGCAUCUUGGGGAGUCAACAUGAACAAAAUCGAGUGGGAAGAUAGUUGGAUACUCCGGCCGACUUUUCCAGUAUUAGCUGGUAUGCUGUCGCUAUCGUUCUUCAUACACAACAUUAUCAUAACAAUUAUGCAGAGCAAUCGCAACCAGAGUAAAAAUGGUCGAGAUUUAACGAUUGCCUACGCGCUCGUCACCAUUACUUACAUCAUAGUCGGCAUUGUCUUUUAUAUUUGCUUUCCUCUGGCCAAGAGAUGCAUCGAAGAUAAUCUCUUGAACAAUUUUCAUAAAAAUGACGGUUUAACCGUUGGAGCCAGAGUCGUGCUGUUAUUUCAACUAUUCACAGUCUACCCAUUGAUCGCUUACAUGCUGAGAACUCAACUGCUCACAUCCGUUUUCAAAGCGAACAAUUACAAUCGCGGCAUGAUCAUCCUCGUCAAUCUUGUCAUUGUGACGAUUUGCGUACUCUUUGCCAUAUUUCUGCCACACGUCGGCACCAUCAUCCGCUAUACCGGUGCUAUCAGCGGUCUGAUUUACGUUUUCACACUGCCGAGUUUGCUACAUCUCGUCGUGUCCUAUCGUAGAGGAACCAUAACGGUCUACAAGGUGCUAUUGUACUUGUGCGUUCCUCUCAUAGGUGUGAUAAAUCUAAUAAGUCAAUUUUUCAUUCAAGCUUAUUAAGUUUGUAAUUUGUUU